ACAUCUGGCAGAUAGAGAAGAACCAGAUGUGAGGGACCAUAUUAGAGGAUGUUCUCCACAGGCACGCACUGAAGCGGGGAAGACGUCUUCGAAUGCAAGCAACCUGGAAUGCUGCUUCUCUAACCAAAUACAUCUGAUCGGAUUUCAAAAAUCCACAGGAAAAGAGACAACAUAUCUGAUUCCUUGGCAAAACCACAACAUAAUCCUGAAGAUGUGUUCCACGAACCCAAGCAAUUGGGUCACUUUUGAUGACGACUCUGCUUUUCAGUCUCAAAAGUCAAGGAGUUUCCCUCUGGAGAAUCAAGGUGUCUGUAGACCAAAUGGGCUGAAACUGAACCUUCCUGGCCUCAAAGAAUUCCCCAGUGGAUCAUCCUCGACCAGCAGCACCCCUCUCUCCUCUCCUGUUGUUGAUUUUUACUUCAGCCCAGGACCGCCAAGUAAUUCUCCUCUUUCUACACCUACCAAAGAUUUCCCAGGUUUUCCUGGUAUACCUAAAGUAGGGACUCAUGUGCUUUAUCCUAUCCCAGAAUCUUCUGCAAACAGCACACUCACACCAGCAGGAGCAAGUUCUUCCUUAUUGUCUGCUAAACCAACCUGUUUAUCUCAGGCUUUCUUACCCAAUGACCUCUCUUGUACAAUUCCAGCUGCCGCAGUAGGUCUUCCAGAUGAACUUUGCCCUCAGCAGGCUGAAAACGCAGGGGUCCAAAGUGAUGCUUCCCAGUUUCCAUAUUUUCAGGAGGCCUGUGCAUUUUCAAGUCCAUUUUGGAAAGAGGAAUGCUGUGCUUCUCAGUUCGCCUUUGACCCCUCAAGAAGCAGAAAGACGAUUUCACCAAGAGACAAGGGGAUGCCAAUGGAUCAAAAAAGCCUAAAUAAAUGUUCACUCAACUACAUCUGUGAGAAACUUGAACACCUCCAGUCAGCUGAGAACCAAGACCCUCUUGGCAGUGUGUCUAUGCAGUGUCCCUAUGCUGAAGACUCUGCAUCUUCCUUUGUCCCCCACACGCUCUUCAGGAGUCAGCCCAAAGCUGGAUGGUCUUUCAUGCUGAGAAUUCCCGAGAAGAAGAACAUGAUGUCUUCCCGUCAGUGGGGACCAAUUUUUCUGAAAGUUUUACCUGGAGGAAUCUUGCAAAUGUAUUAUGAGAAGGGUUUAGAGAAACCAUUCAAAGAGUUACAGCUUGAUCCACAUUGCAGGCUUUCUGAACCCAAAGUAGAGAACUUUAAUGUGGCAGGAAAAAUCCAUACUGUGAAGAUUGAACAUGUGUCUUACACAGAAAAAAGGAAAUACCAUUCUAAGAUGGAAGUAGUUCAUGAACCAGAUGCAGAGCAGAUGCUGAAGUUGGGGUCUCUGGAGUACCGUGACUUCCUUGACUUUCUGAGUACUAUGGAGGAGGAGCUGAUGAAGCUGCCAACUGUUUCAAAACCAAAGAAGAACUAUGAGGAGCAAGAAAUUUCUCUGGAAAUUGUGGACAACUUCUGGGGCAAAGUCACAAAGGAAGAUGGGAAACUGGUUGAAAGUGCCGUGAUAACUCAAAUCUAUUGCCUCUGCUUUGUGAACGGGAACACGGAAUGCUUUUUAACCUUGAAUGACCCUGAGCUGCAAAAGAGAGAUGAAUGCUGUUUUGAAAAAGAUCCAGAAAAAAAGUGGAUUGAUAUUCUUGACUAUCAUUUGCACAAGUGUGUGAAAGGACAAGAAUUUGAGCAAACUAGAAUCAUUAAGUUCGUGCCUCUGGAUGCCUGCCGGUUUGAGCUUAUGCGAUUCAAGACUUUGUAUCACGGGGACGAUCUUCCAUUUUCUGUGAAGUCUGUGGUAGUAGUCCAGGGGGCGUACGUGGAGCUUCAGGCCUUUGUCAACAUGGUCCCGUCCCUUCAGAGGCCAUCCCACACCGGGUCCUUGAGGUGCUGUGACAGUGUAAUGAUACACUUUCCUGUCCCAUCUCAGUGGAUCAAGGCCCUUUGGACCAUGAGCCUCCAGAGGCAGAAGUCUCUGAAGGCCAAAAUGAACCGCCCAUCGUGUCUAGGGAAUUUACAUGAACCUGAAUCUGAACCUGUCAUUCACGUCACUGUGGGGUCAGCAAAAUAUGAGAGUGCCUACCGGGCUGUGGUGUGGAAGAUAGAGCGGCUUCCUGAUAAAAAUUCAAGUCCUGAUCAUCCCCACUGUUUGUCGUACAAACUAGAACUUGGAUCUGACCAAGAGAUUCCCUUGGACUGGUAUCCAUUUGCUACUGUUCAGUUCUCCAUGGCGGAGACCUGUGCCUCCCAGACGGCGGUCAGGUCUCUGGGGGUGGAGAGUGAUGUGCAGCCACAGAAACACAUCCAGCAGAGAGCUUGCUACAACCUCCAGGUUGAAAUAGAAAAGAAAUGGAUUAAAACGGAUGGAGAAGACGCCGGUAAAGCUGGUGGCUGCGUCACACAGUAGGAGCAGCAAGAAGAGAUGCCAAAAGCUACUUGUAAAAUCUGUAAUUCACAGAAACCGCAGGAAUUUCAGAAUUCCGUGACUGUAUGAAAUAGUGGAAAUGACUUCCGAGUAGUGGGCUUAGGACAGGUCCAAAGGCUGUGUUUAGAGAAGUUUAAACCUGAAACCAAACCAUCUGUAUUUUAUACUUUUGAUAUGUUUUUGCCCUUUGGGUUUGAUCUAAAACAAACCUGUAAUUUGUGUGAUGUCUUGCUUCCUAUUGAAACUCAAAGCACUGUUAUCCAAUGAGUGCGUGACCUGGUAGCCAGCACAGCUGAAGGGUUUUUGAUUUUUUUUAUCUCUCAGUGGUUGAUUGUUUUGUACUUUGAGUAACCUGAGCUCCAUAUCCCUCCGUCCUUACCUCUUCUUGCUGUACCACAGGGAAAAGCACAAAGGGGACAUAAACUAAAGUACUUCAUUUCCUCUCUUCCUCCUUUCUGAAACAUGCUUAGGAAGAGAGUGAUAUUGAAACAAACCACAGAUAAAAUCCAGAUUUGGAAGUAUCUGUGGUUUUGAAUUAUUUCUGUGCCUUUCCUCUAGCCACAUUGGUAAAUAAUCUUUGGCUGUAUUUGGUACCUGUCUUCCCCCCAUUGGCUUAUCAUUUUGGAAGUGUCUUUACAUUCUGGUGUGUGUGGCAAAGAGCUAUAUCUGUUGCUAUAUGAAUUUUAGUAUAGGUCACUAAGACACACUGCCCUUUGGCUGAUGGAAAUCCUUUAAAAAAUGGAAUAAGAGUAUUGGGCACUAGUUGAAAUGUUUAUGUAGAUUAAAGAUGAAUUUUUAAAGCUCAUGAAUAUUGUUUUCUAAAAGUACACUCAGAAUAUAUUUUGAUAAAGUAUUUGUAAUUAACACAAGCCUCUCGAAUAGCAGUUAAAUCAUAUGAUUAUUUUAUGCUGGUGCUGCUAUCAUGUUAUUUUAUGCUAAUCCUGCUUAAUUUUAAGUAUUUUUCUUUAAAACAUGUCUAAAGUAAAAGACACUAGAUUAUUUUACCUAGAUUUCUGAGAGGAAACAUUUCUAUUCCUCAAAGCAGGAAACAACUAGAGUAGCUCAGUUUCUUAUGAAAAACUAGUGGCACUAGCAGUUACAAUUCUGCUUAUAAUUUCCUUUAAAUAUUUACAGUGACAGGUCAGAAUUUUAAAAUGUAUGAAAUCUAUAUUCUAAGUAUUUUACAGUUUGGGAAACAAACUCCUCCAGGAGGUAUUAACACACUUUCAAUUUAUGUUGAGUCUUGAAUAUGAUUGGGAGGCAUUUUUCCCUAUAUACAAGAUUUGUUUUGAGUCAAAACUGAUAUAACGUUCUUCCAAAUAACAUUUAUUUGUUGGCCUACAGAGUUUAUUUCCUAUGUUUUAUUUAAUACUGUGUUGCAUUCAUUUUAAUCUGUUCAAGUAACAGAUUAAAACAAACACGAUGGUCUGUAUCAAUCAACAGAUUUUAUUGCUUUUUCUUUUUUACUAUGAGGACACAUAUUGCAAAAGUCAUGGUAAAAAUGAAUCGAUACUGCUCUUUUUAGCUUCACUGGCGUUAUCAUUCAUGGUAUCACAUGCUGAAGACUCACUGUCCAUGUAUAGCAGGGCAAGUCUGCACAUGCACAUGCACAUGUGUGUGUAACUUUAAAAGCCCCGUCUUUCCUCAUCAUCCAGCAGGGGCGCACUCUGGCAUGGCUUCAGUCGUCUCGGGCUCAGGAAGAGAGAGAUGGUCCAGGUCUGGUGCUGCACCAUGAUCCCAGGGAAGUUAGCUAGUUAAUUGCUGCCAUUCCUUUCUAAGUGGGCUCUCUGGCAUCCUGCCCAUAAGGAACUCACUUAAUAAAUAUUUAUACCUUCAAAUAAAUUCAGCAAGCGUUCAGUUAAUCACCCCUCAUGCCUCACGGGCUGACUAGUGUCUGUGGCUCUUUUGCUUCUGAGGUUAGUUACAAGCCACCCAGCUUUCAGGAGCAUCUCAAAAGUCAGUGUUGGAAAUAAGAGUAACAAAAGAGUGAGGAAAGCCCAAAUUGAGAUUCAGCCACAAUGCAAAGGUUGAUGGCAUUGACAGCAGGGUGCUACAGCAUAAUUGUUAAUUUGCACAUCUAUUAGGACCUUAAAUAUUCAUUACUUAGUGUUAAAUUAACAUUCCAUGUGGGGAUGAGAAGCUUUUUAAUACAAUUGCUCUGACCUUAGAAAUGACAGGAGGUCAAGUGUGACUGGAGUUCCAGGUGAAAAAUCCAGUUGGGUCCAUUUAGACUCAAAGAUUAAGAAGUAGAAACUUCUUUGCCAGAAAGUUGAUCAUGAUCUUCAGAAAACCCCUGCUUUUAAGGGAGGAGAGGGGGAAUAAAACUACUCCUUUUCUAGCAUUUUAAUGUGGGCCACUUUAUUAAUUGGACCGUUUUAGGAGUCAGUUGCUUGAUGGCCUCCAUGGCAGACUUUCAAGGAGAUGAUGGUUUGUGCCAAGUCCCUCUGCUCUCAUGGUCUGGUCUGGUCACCUUACCACAGUCUUAUUAAUUGUGCAAAUGGCUCCAUCCUUACAUACUCAACUGUGCAGGCCUGAGUCUAAGAACAUUGUUUAUUCUCUGGGAAUCUUAAGAAAGGUUUGAAAAUGGUAUUUUUCCAACAAAUAAAGCCUGGAAUUUUUGACGUUGUCUAUUUAUUAGGCAGCUUUAGGACUUUUAGUUCCCUUCAUUCUGGAGCUGUGCUUUUCCUUAUAAAUUCAGUUAGAAGGCCUACCUUAAUAUGACUAUUACAAUGUUUUACUCAAAAUGAUUGUGUCCUAUCGAUACGAAUAUAAAAGAUUGAGCCUUACUAAUCA